ACAAAAUGUCUGUGUGUGUGGCUAAACUCGCUGCUGUCAACAGAGCAAAGGUUAUCGCUAGUCUUGCUGGUCGAUCCGGCAUACUUUACCUCAAAGGCAAUGACAUUACCGUUCGUAAAGGCACGGACGUUGAUAACCGCUUCCGUCAAGAGUCCAACUUUUUCUACAUGACUGGCACUCAAGAACCAGGCUUCCAUUUUACUGUGGAUCUGGCUUCUAGACAGACGUGCAUGUUCAUUCCAAAGUACAGUGACGAUCAUGCUCUGUGGAUGGGUACUCCUCCCACUGCUGCUCAAAUCCAGGCAAAGUAUCAAGUUGACCGAGUUCUGACUGAAGACAAACUAGCAGAUGCUCUCUCUAUUGCUGAUACCAUUCAUGUGAUUGCAUCUGGAGAGCUCCUGCAAUCAAGUUCUGAUGCUAUUGCCGCCAAUGUUCAUGCCGAAAAGGAAUGUACCGAGUAUCUUGCCACUGCCAUCCAUGAAGCCCGUAUGAUUAAAUCUGAAGCUGAGUUGGAGUGUAUGCGCAAGGCUGCUCAAAUCAGUGGCGAAGCGCAUAUCGCUCUUAUGAAGGCUGUUUGCCCUGGACAGGGGAGCGAACAAGAACUUCAUGCUCUUUUCGAGUACACUUGCUUCAAGAACGGUGCUCCAUUUCAAGCAUAUGAGCCCAUUGUUGCAGUAGGACGCAACGGAUCUGUGCUACACUAUGUCAAAAAUGACGAAAAGAUGCAUGCAGAUCCCAAUCAGAUGCUCCUCGUGGAUGCUGGCUGUGAAUACAACAUGUAUGCUGCCGAUAUUACUCGUGUGUUUCCUUUAGGCGGCAAGUUUGUUGGAGAUUUCAAAACCACCUAUGAGAUUGUUCUCGAUGCUCAAAAGGCCGUGCUCAAUGCUCUCAAAGCUGGCGUGGAAUGGGAAGACAUGCAUCGCCUUGCUAAUCGCACCAUUCUCAAGGGACUUGUUGCUGCUGGUUUAGUACAGGGCUCCGAGGAAGAUCUCACUAAAAACCAUAUUGCUGCUCUUUUUUUCCCCCAUGGUCUUGGCCAUUUAAUCGGUAUCGAUGUUCACGACCCUGCCGGCUAUCCCGCUGGUGUUCCGCGCAUCCAAGAACCUGGUAUCAAGUACCUUCGUAUGCGCCGUGUUCUUCAGCCCGGAAUGGUGGUGACUGUUGAGCCGGGCAUGUACUUUGUUGACGCUAUUCUCAAUCCAGCACUUUCCGAUCCUAAUAUCAGCAAAUAUCUCAAUGUUCCAGUCGUUGAGCGUUUCCGUAAGCAUGUUGGUGGUGUUCGUAUUGAAGACGAUGUGGUUAUUCUUGAAAAUGGCAUUGAGAACUUGACUGGAUGGAUUCCCAAGGAAAUUGCCGACAUUGAAGCCAUCAUGGCACACUGAUGAUUGUUGAAUAAAAAUGUUCAUUUUAUGUGAGUGCGGCU